AAAAUGACGUUUGGAACCCGCAGUGCAGACAUGCGGGGUAUCAUCGAGAGCCUCUUUUCUCUGUUGUUUUCUUUCUGUCACAUUACACCCACGACUUCUUCCUUACACCAAGGACCUCAAUUCAAGUGUUGCAGCCAUGACUCAGACACUGCAGACGAAUGGGGUCCAGUCCCUCAGCAAGACUUGGGAACUAAGUCUCUAUGAACUACAGAGAACACCACAGGAGGCAAUAACAGACGGACUGGAGAUAGCUGUGUCACCCAGGUCCUUACACAGUGAACUUAUGUGUCCUAUCUGUCUGGACAUGUUGAAAAACACGAUGACAACCAAAGAAUGUCUGCACCGCUUCUGCGCUGAUUGUAUCAUCACAGCUUUGAGAUCUGGGAAUAAAGAGUGCCCUACCUGCCGUAAGAAGCUUGUUUCUAAGAGGUCACUCCGUCCUGACCCCAAUUUUGAUGCUCUGAUUAGUAAGAUUUAUCCCAGCCGAGAUGAGUAUGAAGCCCACCAGGAGAGAGUUUUGGCUCGCAUUAGCAAACACAACAAUCAGCAGGCUUUGUCCCACAGCAUAGAAGAGGGGCUGAAGAUACAGGCAAUGACCAGGCUACAGCGUGGCAAGAGGCACACAGUGGAAAACGGUAGCGGAGCUGAGGACAACGGAGACUCCUCUCACUGUAGCAAUGCGUCUGUCCACAGUAAUCAGGAGGCAGGACCGAGCAUUAAGCGCACCAAGACUAGUGAUGACAGCGGUUUGGACAUGGACAAUGCUGCUGAGAAUGGGGGAGGAGACUCUGUGAUUGAUGGAGGAGCCAGUGAAAUAGAGCUGGUGUUUAGGCCACACCCCACCCUGAUGGAGAAGGAUGAUGGUCAUAACAGUGUGGAGUUUGUUCCUCGCUACAUUAAGACCUCUGGUAACGCCACUGUGGAUCACCUGUCUAAAUACCUGGCAGUCCGGCUGGCUCUGGAGGAACUGAGAAGAAAUGCUGAGGCCAGUCCUGUUAACGUUGAAGCAGCAUCAGAGAAACAGUACACUAUCUACAUACCUACUGCUGGAAACCAGUUUACUGUUCUGAAUGGUUCCUUCUCCCUGGAGCUGGUCAGUGAAAAGUACUGGAAGGUCAACAAACCCAUGGAGCUCUACUUUGCCCCCACUAAAGAACACAAGUAAACAUACAUAAGAAUACAUAACUCCAUCCAUUUUUGCAUAAACAUACACACUUGUUGGAGGUGAACAGAUGGACAUGGAAACAGCUGUACACAAACACAAGCAGAAGAAUGUGUGUCUGACAGAGACCAGGGGGUUUGGGGAAAAUUUCAAAUGGACUCUCCUAUGAAUAGAAAAAAACAUUGUUGUUUUAUAUUUUGUGAAUCUUUGUCUCCUGUUAGACAGCAGCAGAUCAGUACAGCAUAUCACACCUCAAACAGCAAGUGUAGAGCUUUCCCAAAAAUGGGCUUCAUGCAUUGGUUGAAUUGGGAGAUUUAAAUGUUAAAGGAAAAAAAUUACUGCAAAUCUUUCCCCCUUAUAUUGUGAACUUUGUUUUCAGUGACACACAUGGCAGUGUUGGUAAUUUUUUCAUGUCUAUAAACAUAUUUGUCCAGAAGGUAGAGCAUAUUUCAUUAUGAAACUGCAGUUAAGAUCCAUGCCUGGAAAAGGAAGAAAAAACUGGUGAAGACACAAAUUCUGCUCAAUUAUCCAAAUACUCUGUUUCCAAAUUGUAUAUGUGCAUGCAAGAUGCAUGUUAGCUGUAUUUAAUGUCUGUACUUUGAAAAGAAGUACAGACAUUACUUCUGCAGUGUCUGUAUUUUUUUUUCUUUGGAAAAAGAAUUCUGAAUAUAUGCUACUUGAAGUCCCCUCUUAAAGACCUGCUUGACAAAAGAUUCUUAGGGAGAAUCUGUCUCAGGAGAUUAUUCCAUAACCAUAUUAUGAUUAAAAUGUUCAGAGUAAAAUUUAGAAUCUGAAAUGGGAUUAGUUAGAACCCAUGAAAACAAGUUGUUCCUCAAUUUUAAUAAUUGGGAUGUGAAAUUUAGGAUUUGAUUUUUGCUUGAGUUUGACUUUUCUAGAGGGAAAUUUAAAAGACACUAAAAAAAAUUCAAACAAGGUCUGCUGAAGCAAUGAUUUGGAGCUCCAUUGAUUUUGGUUUGCCUCUUUUGUUACAUGUUACUGUAAAGUUUGAGAAAUUCCAAAUGUGUGAGGUCUGACUUGAUAUUUAUCAUCUGGAAAGGCUGACUUGUUUGAGUGUCCUCCUUUCUGUUUUGCUGAUCUGUUGCCAUAGAAACAAACUGUCUUUUAAAUUUUGUGGCGGCUCAUCCUUUUUAUAAAUGUUUUGUAACAGAGAGGAAGCUGUGUGUAUUAUUCAAGGGGUGGGAUGGUUUGGGGAGUAUUUUUGUUAGACCACUACAGUAUUCAUUGUCCACAGAAAUUUCCACAACUUUUGUUGUUUGUUCAGCAGUUACACAGAAGGUUCUCACAGAGCAACAUUCUGUGUGAAAUAAAGGAUUUCCUUUUUCGAGGAAGUUCUUGAAAAAGAGAAUUUAGAAGAAUUCUAGUUUGUCAGAAAGCAAGGGACACAGGGACUUCUCCACUUAUCUAAGAACGAUCUAAAUUUAUUUUCUUUAUUUGCUCAAAGAAGGAAAUCUGGUUAUGACUUCAAUAAAUAAGAUCCAGCAGGGGGUCCAAGUCUGCUGGUCCAUAUAGGAAUCUGAACCACAAUCAAUUGCAACAGGAUGCGCCACAAUGCUUUCAAAAUGUCUGGCAAGUUGAGAGUUGAUCAUUUCAAUGAUUGUACCAUAAUUCAUGGAAUUAAUAGGUUACAAUAAUGCACGGGUACAAAAGUCCAUAAAAUGGAAGUGAAGGAACUUAAAUGAAAGAACAAAUUAGUGAAAUGGCAAAUUGACCCAGUUCCUUCCAGAACCAUGAGCAGGGAAGCACUGCAGUUUUGGGGAAACACUUUUUCAGCACAUUGGAAGGUAAUUUUGAAGAAUCUCUGCGCUGAUGCUAAAAUUAUCUGAGCACAAUGAAGGCACAUACAUUUCAAGUUAUACACUUAAAACAAUGCAGUUUCAUAAAUAAAGCAACAAGAUGUUGCUAGCUUGUAUUUUUAUUACUAAUACUAAUUUUGACUUGUCAAUCUAGGAAAACUUUUUUAGGCAACAUUUACGAGCAUAGAACUUUUUAUUUUUGAGUUAGUUGGGCUUGGAUAAAUGAAGCCCUCUUUGCUAUACCUUUCACAUUAAAGGACACCUGAAUUUUGUACGUAACCCAACAGUUCCCUUCACUGUAGAAUUUUAAAAUCAACAUAGCCUGUUUCUUGCAAAAAAUGUAUCUGGGUGGCUUUUCCUUUUCACAAAUGUCAGGAGAUAUUUACGAACAUCUCCCGAUAUUUAUGAGUGCUGGUCUGUUAAGACACAAAGUGUGAUGCGACAGUGAGUUUCUGAUAUCAGAACAGAUAUCAGAAAUAUAUUUGCGGAACAGAAAAUAUGUAAUAUUCUGUUUUUGAGCUUUCAGACUGAAGACUAAAAAGGAAGAUUUUUUUUCUCUGCUGGAAAAACUACUUGAAAGUGGAUCCUUACUGUGGAGAUUUUAUUUUCAUCCAUUAUUGUGCCAACUGUGAACCCGUGAGGGUUACCGCCCUCAUGAAAACUGUCUGUUGUGCUUUAUGAAAGAGAAAAUGUGCUUCAUUCUUGUUAGAUUUGUACCAGUGUGUCUGUGUGUGCAUCUGUACUGGUUCUUUUCUGGUUGAACAAUAAAAUCUCAUCUGUAUGUUUAACAUAAAACUUAAUGCUUACUGUCUAAGAGAAGGCAGAGACUGGUAGAUGGAUACAAAUCUGAGAUAUUCCACAUGUUGACUCAUUUUCUGAUUAAGGCUUAAAGCCAUCUUAACUAUAUUCCAAGUUAAGAUGGCUUUGUCAUCUUAACUUUUCCCUAACUAGUUAGAGAAAUGUUUGAUUCAAUACCAGUUUAAAGUUUGAACAGCCUCACAACAUUUCUGCUCAUUUCAUUCAUUAAAGGUUGUUCCAAGUU